GAGCUUCAAACUGAAAAACGCCAAUAAUAUAAAUAAAAGUCAUGUAAUUAUUAUUAACCUUGUUAUUGUAUAUGCUGAUCAAUUAAGCCCGGUAAAGAAAAUAUAACACAAUGAAGAAAAUACUGUGAUUCUCGAUUGAAUCGCGUCGUCCCGGGAAUCGAUAAAGUCAAGUCAAUCGUUUAACGUUGUGCGCAGGACUGCUUCGCGUCGUAACUCCGAUCUGCUGUUGUGUGACUGACCGCUCCUGUCAAAAUGUCAGCGACGAUGACAGCCAAGCUCCAGGAUGAUAUGAAUAGUAUACCUCUUGCGGAUGACGAUCCUCAAGAUCUUUUUGGAGGAAUAUCUUCUAAUAAAGAUAUUUCUCAUGUAUUCUUUAAAGUGAUAAUACCAGAAGAGGAAAUCUUGGACAAUGCCUCGCAUAUAUCUGAUGCUCUAGGCAGAGGACGUAGUAUGGAUUCCAUUCCAUCAACGUUCACUAAUGGAAGCUGUAGUCCUAACAGUUUAGAUCCAGACAUUAGUCCAGAUGAACAAGAGGAGAAAGCUAGACUGAUUGCGCAAGUUCUUGAACUCCAAAAUACUUUAGAUGAUCUAUCACAAAGAGUGGAUAGUGUGAAGGAAGAAAAUCUCAAACUAAGGAGCGAGAAUCAGGUUUUGAGUCAAUACAUUGAAAAUUUAAUGUCAGCGUCAAGCGUAUUUCAGUCGACGAGUCCUAACACUAAAAAGAAGUAAAUCAUUAAUUAAAUAAAUCAGAGAAAUUAUUAUAUAAACAAGCGACAGUGAUCUUGACAUAAUUAUGAUUGUUUUAAGUAUUUUGAAAAGUAUGUGCAUGCGUAUUUAAUUACAAUUUUUGCUUAGCAACAGAUAUUUAAAAAUAUUGAGUGUGUUGUGCUUAAUUCACCUUUCUUAGCUUGUGCAUACUUUUCAUAAAAAUAAAUCUGAUAAUGGUAAUCUCAGAUAAAAUCUCUGAUAAAAAUAUCUCGGUUAGCUAUAAUCAAAUAUCUUUUUAAAAUAUUUAAAACUAUUUAUAAUGCAUUUACUGUGACUGUGACUUGGAACACGCUUAUAAUUAUGUGCACCAAAGAGAGAUAUCUAUUUAAUAAUUUCUCUAAAACACAAAUUUUUUAUAAUUUUUUUUUUUUUAAUUUGCUAAGCAAUA